AUGCCGAAGUCGCGAAAGCGGAAGGCCACCGUGCCGGCGGCGCCGCCGCCGCUGCGCCGCCCACGGCCCCGAAUGGAGUACCGUGCGCGGUCCGACGAGGCGUGGUACGGCGCGCGCGUGGCGGUGCAGCAAGGCUUGCUCCGCGUCAUGUUCGAGAAUUCCACCGAGGAUGCGGACGAGUGGUACGAUCCAGGGGCUGACUUCGCAUCCCCGGGCGACGUGGAGGCGCUCCGCGCCAGGUUCCGCCGGGAAUGCCCGCCCCUCGACGACGCCCGCUGCGGGGAUCUCCGCCCCGGCGACAAGCUCUGCCUCGCCUGCUAUAUCCGCGGCGACGUCGAGGAGCUCAAGUACUACGACGCCGUCCUCGAAACCGUAAGUCCUCCGUGUCUCGUCCAACUCAGCGCGUUCGUCAACACACGCAUAUGCUUCAGUAAUAAUAGGCGCCGACCAAAUAUGCAGGUAGAGAGGGCAGCGCACGGCGUGGAGCAGUGCGCGUGCCGUUUCACGGUCCGCUGGACGGAGGGGCCGCGCAGCGGUUGCUUGGACAAGGUCGGCAUCGACGUGGUCUGCUGCGUGCCGGAGUCACCGAUCCAAGAUCCGGUGCUGGGCGAGUUCCUGGACGACCUGACAAAGAGGUUCGCCGAGGACCAAGGGACGGCGACGGCAGCGUCCCAGCAGGCAGACCCGACCCCGAUGAGCGAGGAGGAAUUGUGCGGAGUACUUCUUUCACUGAAGAGGGCUCCACAAAGUUCGACCUGA